AUCUGCUCAGCUUGCUUGUGAGCUUUCAUGUUCAUUCUUAAAUAUAUUCACGAGCUCUUCAAUGUAGACAAGUCUCUCCGACCUCCCAAAAAAACCCUCAAAUCUUUACUGGGUUGGACUCGCAUUGUGUCAACUCGGUUUAUAUCUCAAUCUUUCUGUGUUUAUUGAGGUUCUAAAUUCAUGAAUUGAAUUGGGUUUUUGUUAUUUAAGGUGACACGGGUAGGGUGUGUAAGAAUUGAUCUCUCGGUGAGUUGAUCGGUGUUGGGUUUGUGAAAAUUUCAAGAUGGGUGUGUUGUAACAAAGGAUUUGACCAUUUUUCCGGCAAUUUCGCCGGAGCUCCGAUGAGGUUGCAGAAUUUUGUUGAAUUAUUUCAGGAGAAUUUUUAAUUUACAAAUGUGGAUUUGAGUAACAUCAUAUACAGAUUUGAAGAGAGUGACUGAGUGAGAGAUAGGAAAGAAAAUGUUCAAGUCGGCGAGAUGGAGGAGCGACAAGAACAAGAUCAAAACUGUAAUUAAAUUGCAGUUUCAUGCAACGCAGCUAACACAGAUUGGAGGAGAUGCUUUGACAAUAUCUGUGAUUCCAGGUGAUGUCGGAAAACCAACAGCAAGGUUAGAGAAAGCAAAAGUUAGAGAUGGAACUUGCUACUGGGAAAAACCACAUUACGAAACUGUGAAGUACACUCGAGAUCAAAAAACUGGAAAGUUCAAUGAGAAAAUCUAUCGUUUUGUUGUGGCAACGGGUUCUUCUAUUUUUGGUGUUGUUGGAGAAGUUUCGGUUGAUUUUGCAAGUUAUGCUGAGGCUACAAAGCUUUCUUCUCUGUCUUUACCUCUCAAAAAUGCAAAAUCCACAAGUGUAUUACAUGUAUCGAUCCAAAGGGUGCAAGAUCAAAGGGAGGUUGAUGGAAGUGCAAAUGCAAAUGGAGAUAAUAAGAGUUUGAGGUCAGAAUUCAGCAAUGGUGAUAUAGAAGGAAGCAUUCGGGUCGAGUCUAAUGAAGAUCAUGAAGCUUUGAAUGAUAACAUUAACAGAGAUCGUGGUGCAUCCAUUGGAUCCGACAUCACGCUGUCGUGUUCGGAUAGCAGCUCGGGACUUGAUACCCCACGAGAACCCGAACCCAAGAACACGAAACUGGCUCAUGAAUCCUCAACAACAACAAUAUCUGAAGAACAUCCGAGAUCAUCGUCACAGUGGGAUUGGUUAGAUGGUUCGACUCACGAAUUAAGUACCGAUGAUUCUUCCAUGAUAAGUCCAGGAGAGACCCUUUUAAGAGAAAUAUCAGAAGAGGGUUCUCCGGACGAUAUCAUCACAAAGCUUAAAGCCGAACUUGUGGUUUUGGCUCGGCAAGCUGAUGUUUCGGAUUUGGAAUUACAGACCCUUCGUAAGCAAAUCGUGAAGGAGGGCAAAAAGGGUCAAGAUCUUUCAAGGGAAGUAGCUAAUCUUAAGGAAGAGCGAAAUGCGUUGAAGGAUGAGUGUGAAAAGAUGAAGGCGUAUCAGAAAAACGUAGAAACCAAAGUGAAAGCCGAUAAUAAGUUGUUGAUCGAAGGAGGGGAUCCUUGGGCUCUUGUUGAUGAACUGAGACAAGAACUGAAUUAUGAAAAGGAUUUGAAUUCUAAUCUCCGUUUACAACUUCAGAAAACGCAAGAAUCAAAUGCAGAGUUGAUUCUUGCUGUUCGCGAUCUAGAUGAGAUGCUGGAACAGAAGGAUUCAAAAUGUUCUAUUGCUCCGAAACCCAACUCAAAAUCCGAGAUAGAUGAUGAUGAAGAUCAAAAGGCUUUAGAAGAGAUUGUUAGAGAACACAGUGGGUUGAAAGAUGUAUAUUUACAAGAGCAAAAGAUAAUCGAUCUUUAUGCUGAAGUAGAGUCAUACAAAAGAGAUAAAGACGAGCUCGAAAUUCAGAUGGAGCAGAUUGCACUCGAUUACGAGAUUUUGAAGCAGGAAAACCACGAUAUGUCUUACAAGCUUGAACAAAGUCAACUUCAGGAACAAUUGAAGAUGCAAUAUGAAUGUUCAACAUCUUAUGCCACAGUAAACGAACUCGAAUCCCAGAUAGAGAACUUAGACAAUGAGCUCAAAAUGAAAUCUAAAGAAUUGUCUGAAUCGAUUCUUGCCAUUAGAGAACUCGAAACCCAUGUCAAGAAUCUGGAGGAAGAUUUGGAGAAUCAAGCUCACGGGUUUGAGGUGGAUGUGGAAGAUCUUAUGCAUGCAAAAGUCGAGCAGGAGCAGAGAGCCAUUCGAGCAGAGGAAAACUUGAGAAAAGUGAAACUGCAAAACGCUAGUACAGCAGGGAAACUUCAGGAGGAAUUUAGAAGGCUCUCCACGGAAAUGUCAUCGGCUUUUCAAGAAAACGAGAAUGCAGCCAUGAAAGCCAUGGAUGAGGCCAAUCAACUUCGGGUGGAGAAAAGGCAUCUUGAAGAGACGGUCAAGAAAGUCCAAGAAGACUUGCGGUAUCUUGGAGAUCACUACGAAGAUAAAUUGGUUUAUCUUUCGAACCAAAUAACCGUAAAGUCUAAACAAAUAGUGGAGAUGGAGAAACAGAUCGAAAACAUGUCUGAUGAUCUUGAACAUCAAGAAACUAGUUGCCGAGCCAAGGUUGAGAAGCUAAAAGCCGAGAAUCAGAAUCUUGAAGGUGAAAGAAAGGAUCUUGAAAAUGAGGUUCGUUUGGUUAAAACGGAACUUGAGAGUUCAAAGAAUGAGUUGAGCGAGCUGAGAAAAGUUAAGAAUGAAAAGGAGCACGAAGUUGAAAAGCUGCAAUCGGAAACAGAACGUCUGAAAUCUCGAUGCAAUGAAAUGAAACUGUUUUUUAAAGAGUAUGAAUUGGAGAAGGAAAACCUGAGGAAACAAGUAUCUCAACUGAAAGGCGAUCUCAAGAAGAAAGAUGAAGCAAUGAGUAACAUAGAGAAAAAGCUCAAGGAUGGUAAUACUCGAGCCAUGGCUUUGGAUGGAAACAAAACAAUCCCGAGAAACAAUAAACCUGUUCCUCGGAGCGCGAAAGAGGUCACCAAUAUGAAGGACAGAAUCAAAAAUCUUGAGGGUCAAAUAAAGCUCAAGGAAACUGCAUUAGAACGCUGUGAAGCUUCGUUUCUUGAGAAAGAAAAAGAUCUGCAGCAGAAAAUCGAAGAGUUGGUAAGACGAUUAAAGGUUCUUGAUCAAAACACCGAAAACCAACAGGUAUCUAGAGCUGAAAAUCCGAAUCCCGCAAUCACUAGCGAUGAUGAGAUAAAGAAGACUGGAGAUGAAGAAAUGUCGGCAUUAUUGAACAUAAACAAAUCUAUGGAAGUAGAAUUGAAGGAAAUGCAAGAACGAUAUUCGGAAAUAAGUCUAAAGUUUGCAGAAGUAGAAGGUGAAAGGCAACAGCUUGUAAUGAGCCUACGAAACCUCAAGAACACGAAGAAAUGCUAGCGAUGGUGCACGGUUUAUCUGCGUACGAAGAAAUAUGUAAAUUGGUAUAAAUGGUAUUCUUUUCUUGAUUUCUUUUUUGGGUUUUUUUUUCCCUUGAAGAUAUUACAUGUAGAUUAGCAUGCUAAUUAAGCCUCCCAAUAAUCAAUCCAUGAUUUUGUUCUACUUCC